AUGGAUAGACAGAAUGAGAGCUUUGUGGCUACAUUCAUCCUCAUAGGGUUUCCCCAUGCUCCAGACCUGGGGGCCACUCUGUUUGGGAUCUUCUUAGUGAUAUAUACACUCACUUUGUUGGGGAAUCUCCUCAUCUUGUUGGUGAUCAAGAUGGACUCUCACCUCCACACUCCCAUGUAUUAUUUUCUGGCCAACCUCUCCUUCAUUGACAUGUGGUUCUCUACUGUUUCUGUGCCCAAGAUACUUAUGGGUCUUCUUUAUACAGAUGGUUGGGCCAUCUCAUUUCACAAGUGUGUGGCCCAGCUCUAUUUCUUCUAUGGUCUGGCAAACACUGAGGCUUUCCUCUACACAGUCAUGUCCUAUGACCGCUAUAUGGCCAUCACUUAUCCUUUGCAAUAUGUUACCAUAAUGAGUGGGAAAAUAUGUACCCUUCUAGCUGGAGGCACAUGGCUCAGUGGUGCUAUCCACUCAGCAGUGUUGACUGCCUUGACUUUCCGCCUUCCCUACUGUGGCCCCAACCAGAUUGAACAUUACCUUUGUGAUGCACCAGCCAUUCUCAAAUUGGCCUGUGCAGACACCUCAGUCAAUGAGAUGGUGAUCUUUGUCAACAUUGGGGUGCUUGCCUCUGCAUGUGGCUUCCUAAUUUUCCUUUCUUAUAUAUCCAUCAUUCGUGCUAUCCUGAAAAUCCGCACAGCAGAAGGCAGACACAAAGCUUUCCAGACUUGUGCUUCCCACUGCACUGUGGUCCUCUGUUUCUUUGGGCCAGCUCUCAUCAUUUAUCUAAGACCAGGUUCAAAACAUGUUAUAGAUAGGAUUGUGGCCAUUUUUCAAACAGUAAUCACACCUCUAUUAAACCCGCUGGUCUAUACACUAAGGAACAAGGAAGUAAAGAUGGCUUUAUUUAGGCUAAAAGAUAGGGGUAAUUUUGUUUAGUUUGUUACCACUGGAAGAAUGUGACCUUAAUUUUUUUUUGUUAUAUAGUUAUUGACUUUUGAUGAUUAUAGCUUCUUUGUGUCAUGGGUCAGUAAAAAUAGUACUAACUUCAAAAGCUAUGUCAUUAUAUUAAUGUUUGACUUAAGGUUUUAUCUCAAAAGACCUGACUUACCUCAACUGUAAAAUAUGUGUCAAGAGUUUGGCCUAAAGAGAUUCCAAGAUUCUUCUAUCUCUAACAUCAGGAUUUUGUGAUAAAUUCAAGAAUUUUGGAAGUCAAAGAUUUAUAUAUUUUUGUUAGCAAAAGCCAAUGCCUGUCCUAGGCAA